AUGAGUAAAUGUAAUGCUUUCUUGCUCAAGAUCCAGAAAAGACAUCUGAACUUCGCCCUCCUCACUCUCGCCUUGGUUUCCCACCAAACCCUCACUGCCACGGUAAAGGACAUCUUCACCCCCGAAUCUCCCCUCACACGCAUCCCAAGGGAUGGAAAAUACUCAAGAUACGCCGGCGCUACCACCGACAAGUCCUUGAAGCCGGAGGACUCCCCGGACGUGGGAAGCAGCUCGGCUGCUGUUGGAAAGAGGUGCAUCAGGUGUGACACAGGGUACUACGACAGAGACAGGGAUAGAGGCUACUACAGGCCGUCGAGUUACGACGAUAGAAGUAGGGACUACGAUAGAUACGAUGAUAGGGACAGAUACUAUGACAGAUACGACAGAUAUUCCAACAGAGACCGCUACUACGACAGAGACCGAUACUACGACAAGGACCGCUACUCAGACAGGGAUCGCUACGACGUCUACGCCGACCGCGAUAGAUACUCCAGCAGAGGUCGCUACGGAGGAGACCGCUACAGCGACUACGACCGCUACGACCCAUACUACGAUCGCUACGAUAGAUUUUCCGAGCGAGGUAUAGGCUACGACAACAGAGGAUAUGACUACAGGGGAUCGGACUACAGGGGAUCAGACUACGGGGGUUACAGGCCUUGGGACGAGACGUAUAGGGGUAGUUCCGGAUUCGAUGGUGCUGGGAGGGGGUACUACUUUGCCACGGGGAGGCCGGAAUACAACGCAGGGAGCUACGCAGGGUACGGAGGUGGGGGGUAUGCUAGCGGGUGGAACUAUGGAAGCAGUGCUGGGGGGAAGGAUGAUUACUAUAAGGACAGGGGUCAUGGUGGUUACGCCAGCUACAGACCGAGAGACCCUUACGAUGGAUAUAGGCAGACCAGCUACCUCUAUGGUAGACCUUCUUCAACCACUCUUAAGCCACCAAGAGAAGACGAGCAAAACACCCAAUCACCCGAAGAAAGUUCUGGAUAGAAAUCUUAUAGAUAGUCUAGCAUAAAAAAAUUAUAUAUGAAACAUAACGAGUAACUGUACUUUCAUCAACAAUGUUGAACAUUUCAUCACCAUUAAAACAGCUUCUGAUUCGAGAAGAUCUCUGUGUGAGGUUAUUGUUGAUGAAUUAUGUCCGGAAAAUGUUCCUUCUAUAUGUUCGCAUGAUUCUUGUUCUAUUUAUUUAGUGCUUCAGGGCAUAAAACUUCUUCAAGUUUUAUCAUAACUGUAUCAUCUUGAUCACCUCUUGAUUCAAAACUUGACUUUCAAUUGAAAUUUCCUCGAAUUAACAAUAUUUGACUAGAGUUGUAUAUAUCUUGUUUUUAUAGAUGGCAAUAGGUUACGUGCAAUUCAUUUUUUUUUCUUAAAGUUGAUGCUGACUUCAAGAUGAGAACACCGAAGACAAAGAUUGUUGCAAAUUUUUGUGAAAGUAGAAUAGAUUUUGUAUUAUAAUUAAAACAGUUAGACAUGA